AUGUCCAACACACCGUCGCCUACGCCGUCUGUUAUUGCAUGCUGCAUUGCAGGCGCUACAGAGAUAGCUAUUACAUAUCUAGCAGAAUUUGCUAAAACACGGUCACAAUUGAAUCGGCGACUGGGAGAGGGACAGAAACUGCCUGCAAUCGUAGGAAACGCUAUAAAAGUCGCUAUUAGACUCGUUGCGUACGAGCGCAUUGUAUCUCUUCUUAAGGAUGAAACGGGAUACCUUACACCGAUCCAAUCCUCCCUUGCUGGUCUAGGAGCUGGUUGUUUAGAAAGUGUACUCGCAGUCACUCCAUCGGAAAGCAUAAAGACGAUCUUAAUUGACAACAGGAAAUCGGAAGAGCCAUGGAUGAGGGGAAUGGUGCAUUGUGCAAGUGUCGUUGUUCGUGAGAGAGGGUUCAGUAGCCUUCUUCAGGGUUUGGUACCGACAACUGUAAAGCAAGCUGCAAAUUCGGCUACCAGGUUUACCACAUACACGACGAUUCGGGAUAUGUGGCAGAAGCGGCUACCUAAGGAUCAGAAGCCCGAUGCAGUGGCGAUAUUUGCCAUUGGUGCAAUGGCAGAUACCAUAAAGACGAGGAUGCAGAAGAUUGAUGCAAGAAGAGCGUAUCAAAAUAGCUUCGAUUCUGUGGUCAAGGUGGUGAGGAACGAAGGCUUUUCUGUGCUGUCGUCCGGCGCAGUACCGAGAUUAGCAAGAUUGAUGGUGAGUGGAGGGGUUGUCUUCACAGCCUACGAGAAAAAUGUCGACUUCCUUGGGUUGAUAGACCCACAAAGUCAAUGGAUCUGA